AUGACGACAAAUCAUGUGAAUUCAGCUGCGAAUCUCCCAAAUAUUGAUGGACAUCGCCAAAUCAUGGAUCAGUAUGAGAAUCCUUAUUUUCUUCAUUCAUCAGAUCACGCAGGGAUGAUUUUGGUCUCGGAUCAUCUCGCAUCUGGAUCUGAUUUCCAUUCUUGGCGCCGUUCAAUGCGUAUGGCUCUCAAUGUCAGGAACAAGUUGGGGUUUAUCAAUGGAAGCAUUCCACAGCCUCCUAGUGAUCAUUGUGAUUCAGGUUCGUGGUCUCGUUGCAAUGAUAUGGUUUCUACAUGGAUUACGAAUUCUGUUCCCAAGAAGAUUGGGCAGAGUUUGCUUUUUGUACCUACUGCUGAAGGUAUCUGCAAGAGUUUGAUGUCACCUUUUAAACAAGAUGAUGCUCCGAGAGUUUUCCAGAUUGAACAGCGUUUGAAUUCGAUACAGAAAGGGGCUAUGGAUGUCACUGCGUAUUAUACAGAAUUGGUUACUCUUUGGGAAGAGUAUAAGAAUUACGUUGAGCUCCAUGUUUGUUCUUGUGGAAAAUAUGAAUGUAACACAACCGCUUUAAGGGAGAAAUUACAACAACGUGGAAGAGUAACAAAGUUCUUGAUGGGUUUGAAUGAGGUUUAUGAACCAACACAUAGACACAUUUUAAUGUUGAAACCGGUUCCUUCUAUUGAUGAUGUGUUUCAUAUGGUGGAGUCUAAUGAGAGGCAGAAGACUCUUGUACCCUCUACAAAAGUGGAUAAAGUUGUUUUCCAAAGUACAGGUCCACCUGAUCUUACUUCUGGUUAUUGUUCUACUAAUCUUGAGGGAGUAGAUAAUGGUGGUUACUAUGGUCCUAUUGAGAAUGUUGCUUAUGCUGCGUUUAGGCCAAUUCAGAAGCCGUUUUGUACUCAUUGUGGUCGUUCUGGACACACAGUGCAGAAGUGCUAUAAACUUCAUGGCUAUCCUCCUGGUCACAAGUUUGGUCUGAGGCUUCCUCCAAACUCACAAGGUUAUUCGACUUCUUAUCAGCCAUGUGCUCAAAGUCAACCACCCGGAGUGAGACCUCAGCCACAACAAAGCCAAUAUCAGUUUCCUAGGCCCAAUGCAUAG